AUGGAAGGAAAGUCAUCAAAAGCUCAAGGAAUUGUUCCUGCAACCAUAUCCGCCAGUAUCUCGAGGCUCCUGCAGCGGGAAGUUGAAAAUUCGAAAGCAAGCCCGACUAAUGUAGCGCAAGACGUGUCUGAGAGCAGCCGUCUGACCACCCUUACUUUCUCCAGAGAAGAGCUCUUGGAGAUGAUAAAGUCCUUAAACAAAGAGGUGGACCCUACUUCGGUCCUAGCCCGCAUUGAAGCCGCUGCCCUUCCCCCGGCUACCAUGCAACAAGGCUCAGAAAACCUUCAGCCGGAAACUAGAAAUGCAACUGUAGAAAAAGAACGCAGUGAGGGUACAACCAUAAUAGAAGAGGAAGAAAACAUAUGGAACGAAAUGGAUGGACCACUAGAAAAGGGGGAGGAGGUAGAGCAAAAGUUGCCCACUAUGGGGGUGGAGCCAAGCUCGAGGACUGAGAUACCAGAGGAGAUACCAGCAGAGCCAAUUCCCAUGGAAACUGCAACAGUGGAUGAACCUAUAGAGGAAGCCGAGCAACCACUACUUACUCCUGAAGAAGUCACAACAAACUUAGCGGAAAAGAAUUUUGAGGAUGCUGAGAAUGAUAUGGAAGUGGGUGAGAACAGGACUGCUGGAUGGAACUCUACUGAGAGGGUAGAGAUACCUACUGAUGAUACACUGGAGAGAAGGGAAGUCGUGAUUGUUACCGAUGAAGCGAGAGCUGCUGUCAUCGGUACCUAUCAGCGGAGGCCAGCUAGAGAAGAAACCUCAGGGAGGAGGUCUGAAGAAGAACAACCAAGGGAAACCCCAAGGCAGAGAGCAGGGGAGGAUGUAGACAGUCCAGCAAGGAGUGCGGUGGGACCUCCACGUCGCAGACGGAGGCUCCUAAUUGAUGAAGAACCUGAGGAAGAAGAGGAUGUUUUCUUCACACCUAUGGACGCACGGCCUAGCUCUGGGCAGCCAGAUACACCUGCUGAAGUGGAUGAUAGUGAGCGAGAAAGGAAGGAGCGAAAAAGAAGGGGAAAGCCAUCGUUGUCCCAGUAA